AUCACGCAUGUGUCAAAAGUUGCAUCUAUAUAGUCUGCGACAUGACAAGCAACGUCAAAACAGUUAGAUGCGUAUACUUAUUUUAUUUUUAAUCUGUAUAUUGUGUGUUGAUGAAAUUCUGAACGUACGCAAGAGGCGCAGCAAGAACUAUGAGCCAAGAACUUUCACCAGCUGCUUUGAAGAGCUCGGAUGCAUCGACACGACAGAAAAAUGGUUCCAUGAGAAAUACCGCCCUAAAAACCUAGAACCACUGGAUAAGCACACGAUCCGCACGGAAUUUUUGUUAAUGAAAAACGCCGUAAAUAAUUCUAAUGAAUUGGUUUAUGACGUCAUGAAUAUGAAACGGGAAAGCAUUGAGGUGGCAGGAUUCAAGACAGGGACAUGUACUAUUUUUGUCAUUCAUGAUUUUACUAGUAAUGGAUAUACAGGGUGGAUUAAACAUUUGGUAUUGGCUUUUACUAAGAAAACAGACUGUAAUAUUAUUUCUAUUGACUGGCAAGCUGGUGCAGAACCACCUUUUGAACAAGCCAUCGCAAACGCACGAGUUGUUGCAUUGGAAACUAAAUUAUUCAUCACUUUACUCUCAUGCGCUUUUAGUCAAUCCACAGACAAUAUCCACUUAAUCGGUCAUGGCGUCGGCGGCCAUAUUGCCGGAUACGUCGGGAAAUACAUCAAAGGCAUCCAACGCAUUACAGGUUUAGACCCAACUGGGCCAAUGUUUGAGAAAAUGCCCAAAGAAGUCCGACUUGAUUUCAACGAUGCGAAAUACGUCGAAAUUCUUCACACAGACAAUUUCAACCACAGAAGUCAAGGAGGGCGUAUCUCCCAUGGCCAUGCAGAUUUCAUCAUAAAUAAUGCAGAACAUCAACCAGGGUGUAAUGAUUCCUCGCAUAUGCCUUCUUUUUUAGACCUGCAUCGAGACACUUUACAAGAAGGCAAAAUAUUACCAGCUUGUAGUCAUAAAAGGGCUUUUAAAUACUAUAUACAAGCAUUAGAAGAUGAUGAGUGUCAAUUUAUUGGGUUGAAAUGUGAUACGUAUAAGGAUUUCCAACUUGGGAAGUGUAAUGACUGUUUUGGGCCGAAAGGAUCUUGUGCUACUUUUGGUUUGGAGCCACCUUCGGUUACAAGUAAGAAUAACACGUACUACAUGAUUACAAACGGGAAGAAACCAUUUUGUAUGGUUAGUUAUUCCGUAAAUGUUACAAUCGCCACUGGUAAAUCAAAAAAAGAAUCCGAAGGGUUUUUCGAGAUGAUCCUGGUUGACUUUGAUGAUAAAGUUACGAAUGCCACCAGUAACGUACACGGAACCACUGUUAGAAAAUUUGAAACUGGUCACACAUAUAAAUUCGUCUUUUACGCGUUACCACCCCGAAUGGGACGAAUAAAAGAAGCCAAAGUCAAAUGGAAUUAUAAAUCGAAAAAGAUCUGCAUAAUGUGUGAUAAAUCCGUUGUGGUUCAUGACAUAGGCAUACGUCGCUUAACCUUAAAACCUGACUCACAAGCAAUCAUGUCUUGGAUAUGUCCGCUCAAACGCGAAACCGAAAUGAAAAGUGGUGAUUACAUCGAAUUUGUCAAUUGUGAAGACCUCUACGGCCCUAAAUAUCCUCAGGAUCAUCUACAGCCUAUAAAAUCAAAUAAAACAGGACAUGCUGAAGCAAAUCCCAAUGUGCUAGCUGCUUGCGGUGGUAACAUUAACAGUACUAAUCAACUUGAAAAAAAGAUGUCGCUACUUACAACUACUCCGAUUGUUCCUGAAACACUGGUUGCAUCAGGCGCACCUCCAGCCAGAUCCAUAUUUGAAGAUGAUAAUGAAGUGUUUACUGGAAAGAGGAGAGCGAAUAAAUAUUUUCAAGGUAAUGGAUGGUCAGGGACUGAUCCAGUGCGGAAGAGAAUUAUAUCGAGAGUGGCGAAACCAGGGCCUGAUCUGCCAGUGAUUAUUAAGGAUUUUAAGGACUGCUUUGAUGAGAACAGUAAAGAAAGGACCACUACGACUCCAGCGACGAGUAAUAGUAAUAAUGAAAUAUGUGAGAAUAUGGCGGCGGACAAGAAAAGCAGAAAAAAUGUGUUUGAUAAUACCUAAAGUAUGAUAACAUAUACAUAUUUAUAAUAUAAGUUUAUACAAA